GCGUAGCCAGGCAUCUAUUUUACCGGGCAUAUGCCCGGGCAACUUUUUGCUUUGCCCGCGUAUUUUAGGUGACAUAAAUUCAAGUUCAACGCAUUUCUAUAAACAGUCGGGAACACCGUGAUAGAGGAGUCCCGCCCACGGAACUGUCCCGGAUGCCGACUAAUAUCAAUUCUCAGCGUCUGAUUCGUUGAAUUCGCUCAAUGCAGGAGAAGAUGGAUGCGUCAGAGUCUAACGCUAAGCGUAGAAAGCGAAAGCGACAUACUGUGACUCUGAAUGACUUUUGGGGACCCAAAAGAAUUGAAAACGGUGACAAAACGGGCGAUUCAGACGAUAUGCCUAACAAAAUUCAGCAAGCCAUACCUGAAAGCGCUGAGUCUGCCUACGAAGCCCCGGAUGAUUCUGGUUCUGGAGAAGACAUGGCAAAUACCGAGCCUGGUAAUGCUAGGAGUACUGUGUGUUCAACAUCUUUGGAGAUCAUAUCAAAGUUGGACAUUUCCACGAGGUUUCAGAGCGGCCCUUCCCAACCGGUCUGUCAGUUUCCUUCUAAAAAUUUUGGAAAGGGAAAACACUCAUGUAGAAGAUCGUUUGUUGCCACCUGGUACACAACAUAUCCAUGGUUGGAAUACUCGAUAAAAUUUGACCGAGCCUACUGCUUUGCCUGUCGUCAUUACUGCCUUGGCAGUGCAAGCGGCCGUGCCGACACAGCGUUUACCAGUAUAGGUUUCGGCGACUGGAAGCAUGGUACUGGUAAUAAAGGAGCAUUUCUGAUCCAUGCCAGUUCGGCACAUCACAGGAAUGCUAUGGCAGAAUGGCAUGAGCGGCGACUGGAUGACUGUAACAGCCAGCGUCGACGAGUUGAAGACCUCUUUGCAGAAGAAGAUGAACGCGUUGUUCUUUCUAACAGACACUAUUUAAAAUGUCUGGCGGAGGUUAUCCUCUUGUGUGCUAAACAGAAUCUUGCACUUCGUGGGCACGAUGAAUCGGAGGAGUCAUCGAAUCCAGGCAAUUUUUUGGCUGUAUUUGAGCUUCUUGCAAGGCAUGAUCACGAAUUGUUCAAACGAAUUGAAACGCUCCCCGGUAACGUAAGUUAUAAGUCUCCAGAGAUUCAAAACGCUUUGAUCCAGUUGAUGGCUGAUAUGGUACGAGAGAAAAUAUGCAGUGAAGUACAAAGGAGUGGCUAUUUUUGUCUUAUUUGCGACGAAAGUAAAGAUGUAGCAAAGAAUGAACAGCUUGCAGUUGUUCUGCGCUAUGUUCUAGACGGGACUGUUCAUGAGCGGUUUAUAUCUUUCACACCUCUUGGCAACCUUGCAGCAGACGGGAUAGCAGAGGAGAUCUGUCAAGUGUUGACAAGGAACAAACUUACCUUGCAGAACUGCAUUGCUCAAACCUACGAUGGUGCUAGUGUCAUGAGCGGAAAGCACACCGGCGUUCAGAAGAGAAUCAGAGACAUUGCUCCGAAAGCCGUCUACACGCAUUGCUACGCACAUAGGCUGAACCUUGUUGUCGUUGAUUCUGUAAAGUCCGUCUCCUCGGCGAGUGUGUUCUUUGACGUCCUUCAGAGGCUGUACGUCUUUGUUUCAUCUUCUGCUGUUCACCCAAUUUUCUUAGAAGCUCAAAAACGUCACUAUCCGCAACGUUGUGAGAGCGUCACGCUGAAGAGACUUUCAGACACACGAUGGACCUGUCGAAUAGACUCUAUACGAGCAAUGCUUAAAUCCUUUACAGCAGUAGUCGAUGCCUUAUCCUCUUUGACAAAUGCUAGCAACAGCGAAAGAGCCAUUUUAGCUGCAGGUCUAUUGUCACGAGUGAAAUCGUUAGAGUUUACCUCAAACUUGGUUAUUUUCGAAAAGCUGCUGACUAUUACAAAAAAUCUGUCCGAUCAGUUGCAAGCUGAAGAUUUAGAUCUGUCUGGAGCCGUUGAUUUGUUAGAGACUGUGAUAGAGCAAUUGGUGGAGACCAGGGAAUCCGGGUGGGACGAUACAUGGCAGCAAAUUCUUCACUUGGCACAAACCUGCAGCGUUAAUAUGGAUGUUUCUGAUGGAUCACGCAGUCGUGGUGAUCCUGGACUUGUUACCGGUCGUCGCACUCGGAAACAAAAGGAAAUUACUGAUUGCGUUUUAACAGAGACUACUGGGCAGCGAUUAACUGAUUAUUUCACCAACGAUCAAGAUCCCCUGGAUGACGUGGCAAGAACGAAAAUUCAUUUACGACGAAAGCUUUUCUUACCGGUGAUAGACCAAAUGCUGCAGGAACUGGAAUCAAGAUUCAGCAACGAUGGACGAUCCCUUAUGAAGUCAAUUCAGGCUUGUAGUCCACAGUCCCGAAACUUCCUUCAAGCAGACGCCAUUAAUGCCUUAGUGGUACAUUACGACAUAAACCGUGAGGAAAUUGGUUAUGAAACUCAUCAGGCAAGAAAAUUUCUUAAUGCAUCUAUGUGUGAAAUGAAGUCUAUCGCCGACGUCAUUAGAGUUCUUACGCCGGUCAAAGCAGCUUUUCCGCAUCUUAUAUCUGCCUUGCAGAUAGCGUUGACUGUUGGGGUGACAUCUGCCUCAUGUGAGAGAACUUUCUCUAGUUUGAAGAGGCUGAAGACUUACACGAGACAAUCGAUGCUGCAAAGCCGAAUGAACAGUCUAGCGAUUUUGACCAUAGAGAAAGAUGUAGUUGAAACGUUAGAUUUAGAGAGGGUAGUUACGAAAUUUGCAAGUUUAGAAUUUGGAAGAUGCCGAAGAUUAAGUCUAGUUAGCAAAAGCACAAAAUUUUAGUGCUCUAUAGAACAGCUUGUAUUCUAACUGAGCUAAUUAUGAGUACAUGAUUAGGUUUUGUUCGA